CCUUCUAAAUACAUAGGCAGUUGCAUGAUUCAGUAAAGUUUCUACCAUAUUAUUUUGCAGAAUGAACUGGUGCAUAUAUGUAAUUUAUGAUUGAGUGUUUCAGUAAGACUUCUAUCAAUCCCCUAUCUUUGCUCCUCAUGAAAAUAUUAACAGUUGUAAGAGAGAAACAUUACACGUAUUGAGCCACAACAUAUGCCAGCAAUUGGAACUCCUCGAAUGUCUCGCACACUCGACAUAGAUCUCGGAUGUAAUACGAUGGCAUCCAUGAGCGAAUUUGAAGCAUUGCUAGCUAUGACGUACGUAACGUAGUGCGGUAGGCUGUGACGUCAUAAUUGACAAUGUAUUAAAUUCACUCAUGGAUGCCAUCGUAUUACGUCCGAGAUCUAUGUCGAGUGCGAGAGACAUUUGAGGAGUUUUGAUUGCAUAUGCCAGAAGUGGUGUAAAUCAAUGUGGAUUCUAAAAGAAUUCAAAGAACUUAGUGAAAACGUGAAGAUAGCGAACAGCGAUCAAUCUCAUAACGUCUGUAGGGAAUACAAAAUUAAGAGUUGGUCAAACAUGGACCCCUGGAUAUACCAGGCCCCGCCGUCAUAAAACUUUGAGAAUUCUCAAAUAAAUUCUCAACUCAACUCUUGAGAAUUACUCAGCUAAGAAUAUUCUCAAAUCAGCCGUCAUAAAUCGAUUUGAGAAUAUUCUUAGCUGAGUAUAUUCUCAAGAGUUGAGUUGAGAAUAUUAUCGUGCGCGACAGUUUUCGCGGAAUUUUUUCAGUGCUGGUAGCGGCCCUGUAGAGCUCUUUAAUGUUAAAAAGGUGAGAAAACGUCAUAGAAACAUGUAAAUAUACCAAUAUUACGUCUUGAAAUUUUGUCGUCUGCUGCAUUUCCUUUUAAUAUGGAGACGAUGGAAGUAAAAAAGAAAGCUAGGGUACAAAAUUGGACCGCUGAGGAAGAAGUUCUGUUAAUAGAGGAAGUGAAAGCGAGAGCAGAAAUCCUCUUUGGACCUCUGAAGGGUUGUGGAAAGUCCGGAAAGAUUAAAGAAAUAAAAGACAGAGAAUGGCAAAUGGUUGCUGACAAGUUAAAUUCACAAUUCGACAACAAGAUGAGAGGUCUGGAGGAAGCGAAGAAAAAAUAUUACAACAUUAAACAGAGGAGCAAAGAAAAACUUGAUUCAGUCAAAAAGUCCAAGACAGGAGGAGGUCCACCCCUCCCAUCACUAACACCUGGGGAAGAGACUUUUCUGAACUUGUCAGUAGGCCAACCAAAUGUCCAUGGUUUAAAUGGAGGUGUUGAUACUGAUGAGCAGCAGAUUACCAACUCCAUUCAAAAUGAAAACAAUACUUUCUGGUGAAAAGCGGUAUCUUUGGAAGAUUUCGUCCUCCUCCAGACUCUCAAGAGGAUUACUAAGGUCCCGAAAUACCAGAGGUCGUCUUAAAAUGCGCUGAUUUUGUCUCCUCUGACGUCUGCGUCUGAUCAUAGCAGCCAUUUUUAAUGCUUGAGAACGUUCUUAAGUCUGCAUUUUUGUAGACUCAAAUAUUUGAGAAUAAAACUGAUUUUGAGAAU